AAUGUAGAAACACACAGAGCUGAGCUUCAGGUGAACGCGGCUGCACGCGAAGCUGCUGCACGCGACUGCUUAACGGUGAUCUCUGUCGACUUCUGUCCUUAUCAUGAAAAAUAUUUUUGCUCAUGCAAAACCUGUCCAGUGAUUUCUGAGGUGUGUGACUGUGAGGAGACUUCACACAAAGUUAUCUGAGAUCAAGUCACCGGAACAUGUAUUACGCUUCAGAUAUUCUCCACGAGGACAUUGGACCACUGAUAUGAAACUGAAAGCGAGAUUUUUAUAAAACGGCACCUUGAUAGUGUUUUCCCGCGAUCGGAGAUCAUGUAAACUACAUUUCUGUGAGCUUUUAUUUUUGAAUCAGAUUCUCUUCAUUGGACAGCUCCUUUCUUCUGAGAAACUGCGCAUUAUAUUCAGCAAAGGAAAUACGUAUAAAGCAUGGAUGCAGUAAGUUAUUUUGGGACACCUGACGAAGAAUCAAAAUGGAAAAGUCAAACAACAGGAAGCUGUCUCUGUGCCAGACCCUUAUCAUCAUAACAGUGCUACUGUGUCCAGGUUGCUUGUCAUCUCAGCAUAAAUACAGGAGAGCAGAGGUGGGAGGCAAGGGAUCACAGGUGCAAAGUCAGCUGCACUUUAUGAAUGAAUGGGCAUCAUGGGGCGGUUGGUCUGUGUGUUCACGCUCCUGCGGUGGAGGAGCUUCUGUGCGUACCCGAACGUGUAUCACCAGAAAUCUGGUCGGAGGGCCGUGUCCAGGAGACACCAGGCAGUAUAAGAUUUGCAACACAAAGGAGUGUGCUGCUGGCUCUAUGGACUUCCGAGAACUCCAGUGUGAAGCUUUCAAUGACAGACCUGUGGUUGCUGGCAACAGUUAUCACUGGACUACCUUUCAUGGAGGCUCUGAACCCUGUGAGCUCAGCUGCCUGGCUGUUGGACACAAUUUCUACUACAACUUUGGACGGGUGCUUGAUGGCACGCCUUGCCAAUCCGAACAGGGGACUGUCUGUGUGAACGGAAAGUGCCUGAAGCCAGGAUGUGAUUUGAUAUUUGGAUCACAGCAGCAGGAGGACGCCUGCAUGGUGUGUGGUGGCCACAACGCAACCUGCCUUCUUCACCGCAGUGUCUAUAAGACCAGCGAGCAGAAUAACGCUGGACUGUUUGGGUACAACGAGGUCACUAUGAUCCCGGCCGGAGCCACACACAUCAGAGUGACUGAUAACAGCAGAAACUAUCUAGCCCUCCAAAAUGGCCGCUCUCAGUUUGUGAUCAAUGGGAACUGGAAGAUUAAUGUUCCAGGAGAAUACAGCGUGGCUGGAACCAAACUGGUUUAUCGGCGCUCAGCUGAUACCUGGGAGAGUUUUGAAGUCCCAGGACCUACUAAAGAGGAUCUGCACAUUAUGGUCUUGUCCACAGAUAAAACCUCUGGAAUUGAAUAUGAGUAUUGGCUUCCACCAGACCGCUAUGCUUUGUAUCAUGGGAGGAGUCCACUUCGACAACCUCAGCACACAGAGAACUACCUGCCCUUUGAACCUCCAACCAUUACCACUACUACCACCACAACAUCUACAACUACUACUACCACAACACAGCCAGCCGUGAAACCUCCUUUCUGGGGUCUUGCUGACCCCUGGUCCUUUCAGCAUCCCUAUCAGCAGCAACCAGUUCCACGUUUGGAAAGAGAUGAAAACCGCAGAAACCGGUUGCCUGAGAUACAUCGUAAAGGGCACUGUGGGAAAUGCCGAAGGGUACGAGGAAAAGGGGAACGCCAGAGACAGUAUUGUAAAAAAGAUUUCGUAUUUAGAGUAAAGGUGUUAGAAAAGGUGUAUCGCGGUGAAGAGACCCGCUACGAUGUCCAGAUCAUCCACACGUACCGUAACCGUUAUCGCGUGGAGCACCGUGAGUUCCUGUGGGCACCGAACAGAUGUGACUGUCCACUCCUUGAAGAGGGGCACCAGUACGUCUUGAUGCUGCGACGUCACAUCAAUUACGAACGCACUCUUAAUCGCAUUCUCUUAGAAGAGGACAGCUAUGCUCAGCCCUAUCGAGCGCGUGAGGAUGACUUACUUCGCCCCCUAGAGGAGCUCUGCGGUAACAGAGGAACCAGACCUCAGCUUAGGGGGUAAACACCUGGAAACACUAUUUUACAGUGCACUUAUCCUGAAAUUCAACUCGAAAAACAUGGCACAGACCUUCUCUGACACUGACAUUUAAAUCAGUGACGUGAUUUUACUAAAGCAAUUUGCAUUCCGGAAAAUGGACACUUUGUUGGGAUAAAUUAUGUCCGUGAGGCAAACCAAAGAAUAUAUAAAGUCACUAAAUGUAGCACUUUAAGUGGACAAUUUCACCUUUCUUCAAAAUGUAUACCAAAGUAAAUAAUAUUCAGAAAAAUGUAUGAUGCCUUUAUCACCACUUGUUUGUCAAUAGCAAAAUCACCUGACAUUAUGUUCUUUAUGUGCAUUUUUAAAAUAUGUAUUUAUAUUUUAUCAGUAUUUGUAGUCUAGAGGAAAUCUUGAUAUGAUGGCCGUGUCAUUUUUAACGUUUCUGAGUUGAUAUGAAGUCUGAAUGUAAAAUUA